ACCAACAUUUCUCCACAGCGUCUCUUCCCUUCUUUAUCGAGAAACCGCCGAGGAAGUAGUGGAGAAGUAGCGACUCUGCCAUUUUUGUCUUCUACGGGAACGACGCGCCAUUCAAGCUUUCAACGAAGGCCUCGUCGGUGGGUUUAGUGUGUGAUCAUCGUAGAGCAACGUUGAUUGUUUGCCGCCCGGUUCUCCGCUUGGUAUUUGGCGCUGGGGUUUCUCGAAUUAGGGAUUUUUCUUUUUAGGGUUCUUGGGUAGCCAAACGGGGAGAACAAAGCGACCAUAUGCAACAAAAGAUGCAGCAGCCACAACAGAUGAUGCCCAUGAUGCCCUCGUUUCCGCCUUCCAACAUCACUACUGAGCAGAUCCAGAAGGAGGCGAUGGCGCCGUGUUAUCUUGUCUACGUGGAUUUUUUGAAAUGUUUGUUGCCAUGGAAUUUCUGUCAGGUUGAUGCUCUAAACAUUUUUCUUGAUGAGAACAAAAAGUUGAUCUUAGCCAUAUUGGACAAUCAAAACCUCGGCAAGCUGACUGAAUGUGCCCAAUACCAAGCACAACUGCAGAAGAAUCUAAUGUAUCUAGCGGCUAUUGCUGAUGCCCAGCCACAGGGACCUGCUAUGCCGCCUCAGAUGUCUCCACAUCCAGCAAUGCAACAAGGAGGAUUUUACAUGCAGCAGCAUCCUCAAGCUCAAGCUCAGGCUCAGGCUCAGGCUCAAGCUCAAGCUCAAGCUCAGGCACAAGCACAAGCACAAGCUCAAGCAGCAGCGGCAAUGGCUCAGCAGUCGCCAGGGGGUUUCCCCCCAAGGAAUAUGCCAUUACAGUAUAACAACCCCCCACAUCAAAUGCAGGAUCAUCCACAACAAUUACACCAACAAGCGAUUCAUGCACAACAGAUGGGAAUAAGGCCACCCUUGGGAAACAAUAAUAGCAUGCAUCAUACCAUGCAAGCUGCUGAUCCAAAUCUAGGAAGCAGUGGGCCCUCCCCAGCAGCAGCAGGAUCGAAUAAACAAGAUGCACCACCUGAAGCUGGAUCAACCGGUGGUGAUCGCCAGUGUAGCCCGGCUGCUGGUGAAGGUGGUGAGCAGGCGAAAUGA